AUGUCGGUGAUAAUUCGUUUGCAAUUGUUACCGUUGUCGGCGAAUGCGGCCGACGUACGAGCGUUCUUCAAUGGUCUUCGGAUUCCGGACGGCGCUGUGCACAUAGUAGGUGGAGAUGACGGCGAUGCGUUCAUCGGAUUCGCCACUGACGAAGACGCACGGCAAGCGAUGCGACGAGACCGCGGUCAAAUCCACGGACAGGAGGUUCGUCUAUGUUAA